GUUUCCUCAAGUUGGAACAUACACAAUAAAGAAGGGGCAUGUUUACAUUUCUGAUUGGAGCUUCUUUCAUAUUGAUGGUGCAAUCUGAGCCUAGAUGUGAUCAGACGGAGUUCUUACACCAUAAUGGCUCCUGUGUUGCAUGCCCUGUUUGUAAACCUGGACAACAGCUGUCAGGGGAUUGUGGCUUUGGCUAUGGAGGGGAUGGAGUGUGUAUUCCUUGUGAAGCGGGGACCUUCAGCACAGAUGCAGGUGUGGAUCCCUGCAGGAGAUGCACCCAGUGCAAUCUGCUGAACCGCCUGGCGUUGACUGCCUGUUCACCCACCAGCGACACUGUGUGUGGGCACUGUCUCCCAGGACAUUAUGAGCUGAAGAGCCUGACAGGGGAGGUGGAGCUGCUGUGUAUUCCUUGUGACAGUCGUGACACAUUCCACAAAGAGUGUUUGCACUUUACGUCCCGAGGCUCAAAAACACAGAGUGCCAUCAUGUCACCAGUCAGAAAGUCAGAAGAAUCAACAGUAAAUGGAAUAAAAGAGGAAAAUCUUUCUGUGGUCUUUAUCAGCGCUGCAAUAGCGUCCUUGUUUUUUCUCAUUUCUCUGUUACUUUGGAUUCUCCUCCUGACUGCAAAAAGAUUCAAGCAAAUUCCUGAGUGCCGUCGAAAGCCUGAAGGUUUACUGUCUGCAGCAGACCUUCAGGACGAAUGUCCCUCCGGUCACGCAGAGAGAGCAACACAACAAGACCGUCCUUCAGAGCCCGUUUCACCCGAAGACACACCAAGAGGUCCAAACUCACUGAACCAUGAGAGUGAGAUGCACCCCACUUCUAUCGUGAUUAAUGUCACCACCAACAUCAAGCCCUGCAGUCAGAAGCAAGAUAACAUCAUGCAGGAAGCACAGAAAGGCUUCACCACAGAGGAGGUGGAGCAAAAACUGCAGACAAUAUGGGAGAUUGCUCAAGGUCAGAGUAUCGAGAUGCUGAGCUACGACACCAUCCAGGAUUUGUCCCUGCUGCUCGACUCUCCCAACCACAUCUACGUUUUGAGGAAGCUGGGGCUGUCUUUGGGUGUGCCACCUCACCUCACUCCUCAUUUCCACAGCUUCCAGGACCUUUUUCAGUACCUCCGGACCUCCACCUACACGCAGCUUCCCCAACUGGCCCAGGCCGCUGCGCUCCUGCCUAAUUUUGAAGUUGUUUCAAGAAUACACAAAGCCCUGGUGAACAAGUGAUUACUUACACCCUGAGGAUGUGUUCCCAUGACUUGAACUGUUGUGUGUUACUCAUAACCUGCUUUACAUGAUGACACAGUCACCAGAUCAGGCUGAAUUUACUUACUGCAAGAUGAAAAAAACAUUGUUUCUUCUAUGGAAAAUAGAUUUGGAGUGAAAUGUGACACCACUGUUCAUAAC